AAUCCAUCAACUGAGGCUCUAUCGAUGGCUGUUGUACAUCUUGCUUGUUCAUUAUUACAUAUUGAAGGACUUACUAAUGAAGAAGACUAAGCAGACGCCAAAGGAUGCGGCGUCCAUCAAGGAUGCUGGCAAUAAACUCUUUGCACGGGGGGAGUUUGAGCAAGCAGCCAAAUUCUAUGAGAGAGGAAUUCGGAUGAUCGAUUCCAAAUCAAAAAAGGAGAAUGGCAGUAGUACUACCAGUCCGGGUAUUCCCCUUGACGAUGAUACUAUCUAUCUCAAGGCUGUUUGCCUCUCCAAUCUAUCCAACUGCUGGUUUGAACUUGGCGACUAUGCCAAGUCCGUCACAGUGGCUCAAUCCUGUGUGACCGUGCUAAACGCACUCAAGGAAACGUCAGUAGUAGAGCAGGACAAAAUCCGUGGGCUGUAUCUCAAGAAUAUCCUGCGAAUGGCACGGGCCUACUUUUAUGGGCGCAACGUGGAGGACAGUAUCCAGAUGUUACAGGAGCUAGCAGCCUGUGAGAAUCAGGCAUAUGCCAAGCGUGCCAAAAAGAUGCUCACACAAGUGUCCCAAUACCAGCACAACAACAAUAAUAAUGACGGUAAGAAGACUCCAGAGGCGCUCCUUCAGAAACCCGUCCGGCUACUUCGAACGGCCCUCAUGGAACCCAUUGUGGAAUACUAUCGAUUUGGGCACAAUGGAGUCCGGUCCGCUUUAGAGGAAGGGCCCAAUUUUAAUGGCAAACAAGCAGAUACGUCACCCAAAAUCCGCCUCAAGGACUGCUUGGAGCUGGACAUUUUGAUGGCGGGAAUUAACGAUGGAAGGCACGUUCUAGCCACCAUUAUGGAUGUCCAUGCCCAGUACAAAGAGUUAUUGGGUGACAAAAAAGAAAAUGUCAAGCUAAGAAUUGUUUGCAAUGACAUCAACCGAGCAUCCCAAGCUAGAUUCGUUUUGACACUGGUGAUUCUCCACAAAAUUGGGAAGCUUGCCAAGCAAAGAAAAGAUGUCAAAACCAACAAGGGGAAAAAAGCAUCCCAGUGGUGUGCUGUUCUUCAAUACAUCCUCUUGAGUCAUGCCAUGCCACCAUGGGUCAAAGAUAUGGCUGUUGCAGCCAUGGAAGAAAUAAUGGAAUUCAAAACUCCUGAUGCCUUUGAGAAAUCCUACCCUUGGUUACAGUGCACCUCGGAACAAGACUGGAAGCAAAUCCUCCCAAUUCUAUCCUAUUGGAUUGCCCAGGUGGGAGGUAAGAAUCACAAUAAACACUCAACGUUGUGGGACGACAUUCCUGAUGUCAAGGAAUGCUUAGGACGCCACCUGCAUCUCAAGGAACCACUGGAUCAAGGUUUGGAUAUCAACCCUUCAGCUCCACAAGCACAAGCCAUGAUGAGUGCCCGUCGUGCUCAUGCAAAAGCAGAAAUGGAUGCGUACGUUCUGCGAAUGAGUGACUUCAACAAUUGGAGCCCACAAAUGAAGCAACAAAUGCGUCUCAAGUUUGGUCCGGGGAUCACAGAUGAGGAUAUGGUCAAGGCAUAUCUGUCGACUAUUGGCGAAACUCUGGAUUUGGAGGACUUUGAUGAGAAGCUCAGUAGCCGAAAGCAUUGGAUGGAGUCGCCAGGCAUCGAAUUGGCACAAAGCUUUCUGAAAUCCACAAGGGUGCUACUCCCUCCUUCUCGUCUUUCAGAAUGCAGUGCUUUUUCAAAAAUCUAUGACAAGGAUAAAGGACGGUUUCCAGGGUCAAAACAAGCUGUCGCUGGCUGCAUUGAUCCAGCAGACCUGAAGGAAGCUGAAGAUGCCGUCAUGAGCACAUGGUCAACAAAUCCGUUCAUGUUCGAUCCUCUGUAUCAUUCUGUGUUAUUCAGCGAACAGCGGUUCUCACCUGUCCUUGACUUUUUGAAUGACUACAUGAACUGUGCCUAUGGCUCUGAUGUCAUUUCUGAAGAAACGAAAGUGAGAGCAUUGUUUUGUGAAUCACAAGCAGGUACACAGUCGGACCCAGAACUGGCAGAAUUCUUUGAUUGGACCAGCUGUUUCUUCUGGAAUGCAGCGCAUGCUUUGGUAUCGUUGUGUGAGCAAUCGGAUGCUCUUCAAGUCGAAUGGAACGUUGGGGACAUUGUCUCAGUUUGUCAGCGUUACCGUCAGGCGGGGACGAAGCGUUUUCACCGUGCUUUCCUUUCCAACAUUCCGGACUACACUGGCAUCUUGCCUGUCUUCACAGAUAUCAUGCCUUUGUUACAUGAAAACAAACCAAAGGUCUCCUCACACAUACAUCUCGACAUUCUUCUCAACUGCCAGUGCUUCGGAAGCUAUGCCCAGUACAUUUUUAGCACGACAGCUGUUCCAACUACACGCAAGGCAGAAAAUCUAUUUGGAAUGAAGUACUUGGGCAACGCGGAGGAUUGCGCCUGGCGGGAAUAUGUAUGGACGAGAUCUGGAAUUCAGAAACAUAUGUCAAAAGAUGAAUUUCGCAGAUGGUUGCAUAGGCUCUUCCUAUUGACCAUUCUGCCUCCCGUGCGACCCUUCACUGAGCCCAUAAGGGUCAACUAUCCGAACAAUGUUGCAGCAUUUGUUCACACUUGCAAAUUUUGUGUGGAUGAACUGAAGUAUCCAACCCACUGGAUUUCUUGCGCUCUCGACGAACUGGUUUCAGCUUCGUCAGACAAGCAGUUCUCUACGAAGGCAAUCAUCCCUGCUAGUGACCCGCCCCAGCCAACCAAGAGUGAAGGGCAGGAUCACAAGGUCGACAUCAGUGCAUUCACUUUGGACCUCCGGACGCAAAUGGCAAUCAACAUGCAACAGCGUCAGCUCUCAAAGCUACCUUUAUUGUCUUCGUUGGACGCCAGCUCUCUAGCUUGCUUGGUCCUUCAACAAUACGAACUAACCAUGCCAAUCACUGUGAAUCCGUUGGGCGAUGAUUACCACCCUAGCUACCAGAGCAUGGGGUUGGUGCUGGAGCCAACAAAACCAGAACAUCCCAUGGAUGACGUGGAUGAGGACAAGAUGGAUGAUGUGACAAAGCAAAUGUUUAGAAGCAUGAGCAGGAUGAUUGGCCGUUUCCGUUCUCCAAUCCGCGACGACAUUCUAGCACAAGGUUCCAAAAGCUUUCAUGUGCUUUCUUGCCUCGAAUGGGAAAUGAUUGAUAUGGGUGAAUCCAAUCGCCUACGGUUCUGCAUGAGCCCACAAGACUUUGAUCAUCUUCGCUACCAUUAUGUUUCUUUGCUGCGAACAGAUGGUUGGUUUCGAAUUGGAAAACCAAUUCAGCUGCUGAAGGCGAAGGCGAUCUACUAG